GUUAUUAUUAUCAAGAACUCAACUAUUCAACAGCAUACAAUCCUAAAAGAACCAAUCCUUACCCUCAAACAGUAGACAAACACAAAGAGUCAGAGAUACUGAAAAAGGUCGAUCUUUCUAGUUCAGAGUUUUUUCUGUUGUACGGUCUAAAAUUUGCACACAAUAAAAAGGGGUUUAUCUGUAAUCCUUUUUGGUCAGCUUCACAGUUAUAUUAUCAGAUUCUAUUCCGUUGUACAGCGGAAGCACAAAUCAUUUGCGUAAAUUCUAUAUGUACUCAAAUAGGAAGCAACUUCUAUUGCUUAAAUUCUAAGGGAAGUGAUUAGUGAAGUACUAAGAAAGGUUGCCAGUCUGAGGAGAAGUGAUGGGUCAUAUAUGUGAAUUCUGUGGGGAGCAGCGGUCAAUUGUAUAUUGUCGGUCAGAUGCAGCUUGCUUAUGUUUAUCAUGCGAUCGCAAUGUGCAUUCUGCGAAUGCCCUUUCACAGCGCCAUUCGAGGACACUGUUAUGUGAAAGAUGUAAUUCGCAACCAGCUGUUGUUAGACGUGUUGAGGAGAAGAUUUCUCUUUGCAAGAACUGUGAUUCGAUUAGUCAUGCUGGUUCUGAUAAGAGACAAGCACUUAGUUGUUAUACUGGAUGCCCUUCCGCUGCAGAACUUUCUACUAUCUGGUCAUUUCUCUUAGAUAAUCCUUCAACUGGUGAUUCAACUUGUGAGAAGGGAAUCGGUUCAAUGAGCAUCACUGACAACCGACCUAUGGAUGGUCAAGCUCCUCAAGGAAAGUUCAACUCUCAAGAUACAUCUGCCACAGUUCAAGUGAGUGAAAUGCAUACUAACGACAAAUCAAAUGUUUUGAUGCGAUCCUCUACGCCUACUCUUGGCAACAAGCUAAACAAGGUGGAGCAAAUUGCUGGAUCUGUGAAUUACCCCUUAUCAAAGGGCUGCUAUUCUGGAGUAAAAGGCUCAACCAUAUAUGAGGAUGAUCCUUUCGCUCAAGAUUUCAAUAUGGAUGAAGUGGACUUGAGUUUUGAAAAUUAUGAAGAGCUAUUCAGUGGUUCUCUCGAUAAUACAAAUCAGCUAUUCGAGAAUAACGACAUUGAUGGAUUAUUUGGGACGAAAGAUAUGUCAGUUUCUGAUUCCAGCUGCCAGGAUGUCAAUGCUGUCGAGGGGUCGUCGAUGCGAAGGGUAAUGGCAAUGCAGCCAGCAUUUAGCAAUGCAGAGUCCGCAGACUCCCUGAUGAGCUGUAAAACAGAACCUGCUAAUUAUUUUGGAAGGCAAGCGUCCAUCCUCUCAUUUUCUAACCUCGGGGGAGAAAGCAAUGCUGGGGAUUACCAAGAAUGUGGAGCCUCCACAAUGCUACUUGUGGGAGAACCACCAUGGUCCCAUCUGUAUCCUGAAAGUUCAUUGGCGUCAAGUAGCAGAAGCAAUGCUGUAUUGCGCUACAAGGAAAAGAAGAAAACCCGCAAAUUUGAUAAGCAUGUGAGAUAUGAAUCUCGAAAGGCAAGGGCUGAUGUGAGAAGGCGUGUGAAGGGACGCUUUGUCAAGGCUGGUGAUGCUUACGAUUAUGACCCCCUGAACGAGACCAGAAGCUUUUGAUUCCAAAACUUAUCACCAUACAUAUUAGGAAACAAAGGAUCCGUAUUUAAUUGGGAAAAAUUGAUUUAGGUAUCACGCGAAAGGAUGGACGGGUAAGGUCUGCGUACAUCCUACUCCCCCUAGACCCGACUUGUGGGAUUACACGGGGUAUGUUGUUGUUUUUCUUUUGUGAAAGGAUGGAUAGAGCCUUAUUUCCUUUCUUGCAUUGGCAUUGUAUGGGUUUCUCAAGGGAUUGCGAUGUUUCUUAUCAAGGAAGGUGGACCUGGAAAGAAGGAUUCUCUGCUGCUUCACCAAAAACCGACUUAUCACCCAGAAAAAAGGAAAGUCAACGUGCAAACCUUUUGCUAAGCAAGUGUGCUGCAGAGAAUGGGACUUGGCCAUUUCUAGAGGUACACGAUCAGCUUCAUUCAAGAAAGGAGUCAAGAUUUGCAAUCUCGACUGUAAUUAUUUUGUUCAUCGACUACACCACGUUUGCUUAUGUUGUUAUCACUCUAAAUAGGUGGAGUUUACCGAUUUUGAGUCCCAAAAUAAUUCAACCAUACGUCCUUUCAUGUCUGAAGGACUGAGAGUUCCUUGGCUAUUAUGUUUUGCAAUGUAUAAUAUGUUACCUGAAACGCCCUCUCUACCCCUCAAAGCUAGUGGUAAGGUCUGUGUACAUCCUACCCUUCUCAGACCCCACUUGUUAGGUUACACUGGGUAUGUUGUUGUUGUUGUCAUGUGUAAUAUAUGUAGAAGGGCUAGAAUGGAUCGUGAGAUGACAGAUGAAACUUGCUUUUGUUGACAUUUUUCCUAAUUUGUUGUAGAUAAAAUGUACAGCAGUAGACAGUUGGAGCU